CCCAAGAUGUUUCGAAGAUCAAAAGUGACAGAUGGGACAGCCACUGGCCAAGUGGGGAUCAAGAAGAAAUCUAGAGUCCCUGGGGUGAUGAUUACACAGUUUAUUGAGACGCUGCCAGAGGGAAAGAGCCAUCCAGACUUCACCCGAAAGCCGAUUGCUCUGACCAUCCAAGAGGGAAAAUUUGCUUUUUUUAAAGCAAUUGUCAUUGGAGACCCACAGCCGACUGUAACAUGGAGCAGAAAUAAUGGAGAUGUGUCUGAUACGUCAAGAUAUCAGCCUAAAUACGAUGCCACCUCCAAUGAGCAUACAUUUGAGAUGCCAAAUGUUAUGCCAGAUCAAGCUGAUACCUAUAAAUGCUUUGCCAUAAAUGAAUUUGGACAAGCCGUGGUCACAGUUGUUCUGAAUGUGAUUGAAGUUGGUUACAAAAAGAACAAACCUCAGCAACAAGCAGCCGAAGCCACCAAUGGGAAUUUUAAGACUGUACUAAAAAGGAGAAGUAAGAUCCUUCCGAAAUCCGAGCAACCUGAGAGAAAAGAGGGAGAGAUUGAUCCUAAAUUUUGGGAGCUCUUACUCAGCGCUGAGAAGAAAGACUAUGAACGUAUCUGUAGAGAGUUUGGAGUGACUGACUUUCGCUGGAUGCUAAAGAAACUUAAUGAAAUGAAGAAAGAAAGGGAAGAAGAACAAGCUGAGUUUGUCAAAAACCUGUCCAACCUGAAACCAAUUCAAGUCAAUGCAGAUGGUACGGCAUCCUUUGAGAUUGACAUGGACCUUAUUGAUCCAAGUAGCUCCAUAUUCCUCUACAAGGAUGGUGUGAUGGUUCCAUAUACGAAGGAGUUGGGAGAUAAGAUGAAGCACAACCUCAAACAAGUGGGGAAAAAAUAUACGUUCAGUUUGAGGGACCUGAUGCCAGACGAUGCUGGAUUGUACCAGUUGGAUGUCGAGGAUGUUAAUAUGUUUUCCACUGAAUUUAAAAUCCCCAUGGUGGAUUUCUUGGUGAAAAUUCAGGAAGUGAAGGCAAUUGAGAGAGAAGAUGCUGUUUUUGAGUGUGUCCUGUCAAAUCCAUUCUCCAAGAUUUUGUGGUUUGGCAAGAAUUUACCACUGGAGCAGGGCGAUAAAUAUGAUAUCCAGGUUUCAGAAGACAAGCUCAUUCACAGGCUGGUGGUCAAAGACUGCAUGAUAGUAGACAAAGGAAUUUAUUCUGCCUGCGCAGGAAUAAAAUCCUGCAAUGCAUGGCUUGUGGUUGAAGCUGACAAAGAUGCACAAAAGGGCAAAAAAUCAGCAAGAAAAACAACAAGGGCAGGAGGAUCUGGGGUGGAUCUGCAGAAGAUUGCCCAAGAGCAGCAAGUAAAAUUAGAGAAGAAGAGAGAGGAAGUAAAAGAACAGAUUAAAGCUGCAGCAGCUGCACCUCCACCUGAAGCCCCUCCAGCCGCUAAGCCUGAACCUCAGAAACCACAAGAACCCGAGCCAAGCCACUCAGCUGAAGAAGCCGCUGGUGGUGAAACGCUUGAUCCACCGCUUGCAGAAGUAGAAGAGCCUGGUAUUACCUGUGGACUCUCUGAUAUUUAUGCUAAACGUGGAGAACCAGCUGAAUUAGUGGUGAAGAUGAGCAUGGACUGUGAUGGUGCCUGGUUCAAAGAUGGAGAGCCGUUAGACUCAGAUGCUGGGAUCACCAUUACCAAAGAUGGAAACUCUCACAAGCUGACAAUUCACAGCUGCAGAGAUGAUGACACUGGAGUUUAUCGUUUUGAAUCGGGGAAUCUCAGUACACAAGGAAAGGUCACUGUUGGAGACGUACCUGAAUUUGAUCCAGACGACCUUCACAAGUUCUCCAAACCUGUGAUCAUAAGAGUGGGCCAGAAUGCUACUUUUAAGAUGCCCUUCCCUCCUCAGGAGGGUUUGGUGGUUAGUUGGUUCAAGGAUGGCACUGAGGUCAAAGAUGGAGGAGGAGUCAAGAUCGUGAAGGAGCCGAAUCACAGCCGGUUGCUGUUCAGAGACUGCCUGCGGACAGACGGAGGGGAAAUAAAGAUACAACUCAAAAACCCAUUUGGAUCUGUGGAGGCCACAUCUAGGCUAAUCGUGCUUGAUCGGCCAGGUCCACCGGAGGGUCCAGUGGAGAUUCUCGAAACCACCUCAUCUGUAAUUGAAAUUAAAUGGAACCCUCCCAAAGACGAUGGCGGCUCCGCUGUGACCAACUACAUAAUAGAACGGCAGCAGGCAAGACAGGGUCUGUGGACCAAACUUGGGGAUGUCUCAGCUGAGAAGACUUCCUUCAGAGACAGGAAUGUGACUCAUGGAAAGAAAUACGACUACCGCAUCUACGCGGAAAACCCUGAGGGCCUCAGUGACUCCCUGGAGACAGCUGAUAGCAUUAUGGCUGGCAUAAUGAUACUCGCUGGUCCACCUGGUGCCCCCACAGUGGUAAGUGCCUCUAAGACCUGCAUCAACUUGACCUGGACGCCCCCAGAGGACGACAAAGGAGUACCGAUCAUUGGUUACCAACUGGAGAAACGAAAGAAGGACACAAACCAGUGGGUUGCCCUGAAUGCAAUUAAUGAACCUAUUGAAGACAUAAAAUAUGCAGUUAAAGAUGUCACUGAAGGAGCAGAAUAUGAGUUCAGGGUUUCAGCAAUCAAUGAGUCAGGACCAGGAGACCCGAGCCCUCCCUCUGCAAUGGUGUGUGCAAAGAAUCCUAACAUGAGACCUUGUUUUAAAGACCCAGAGGACUUCAUUGUUGUCAGAGCAGGAAAUUCUGCACGUGUCAAAGUUUGCUAUGAGGGUGAACCUCCACCUGAGAUCACUUGGCUGAAGGAUGACGAGCCAUUAUCACCAUGGAUUAAUGUCAUCAAUACAGAGGGAAUGUCUCAGCUUGUUAUUCCCUCAUCAAAGCGCUCAGAUUCAGCCAUUUACACUAUCAAGGCCAAAAACUCUGUGGGUGAGGCUUCAUUUGACAUCGAGGUUAGAGUCACAGAUGAACCCAAGAUUCCAGGGCCAGUGGCGCUGGAGCAAACGGUCCAUGGCAGAGUGUUGGUAUCAUGGCUUCCUUCUCCAGAUGAGGAGCUAGACGACCGCCUGUACUACGUGGUCUCUCAAUGUGACUCUAACACCAGAAUGUGGAAGACUGUAGCAGACCGCCUUUUUGCUAACUCAUACACCGCCAACAACAUCCAUGCUGGAAUAGAAUACCAUUUUCGGAUCUAUGCCAAGAAUGAUAUGGGCCUCUCAGAUCCAUCUCUGUCACCCACAUGGGGCAUCAACAGCAACAGAGUUCCAAUAUCUUCAAAUGGAGUUGGUUCAGAGGUCCGCUUUGAGAGGCCACCAUCUAUCUUGGUCCCUCUGAAAGUCCACACACCACCUAAAGGUUACCAACUCCUGAUGACAUGUGCUGUCCGAGGAUGUCCCGCGCCCACAGUCUCCUGGUACCUUAACGACGUCUGCAUCAACUCAGACAACAACUAUUACAUCACCAACUCGUUUGGUGUGUGCUCCAUGUACAUUCUUAGAGUAAGAGCGAUAGACAGCGGGGACUAUAAAGUUGUUGCAGUUAACCCUCUUGGAAAGGCAGAGUGUUCUACCAAGCUUAAUGUCAAAGAUUAAACUGGCAUAAAGGCUUUAAGCAGCUUUUCUUCUUACUGAGAUAUCGUGGACAAUAAGCAAGUGGAAUGUUUUGUUUUACUCCAUAGACUUCUUUGAAAGUGUGUGAUAUUGUUGUGUAAAUUACAGAAAAAGCCAUAUAAAAUGGUCUUAAUACUAACUUAUUUAUUUUAUUUGAAAUGUGACUGAUUUACAAUUGUUAGACUACCAUCAGAGAUAAUAACUUCUUAGCAAUGAGUGAAGUGACAACUAUAGUACAAAGACAUCUGUCUAAUUUUCUCUUGUAGCAAAUUCAAUAAAUCA